AUGGAGGGCGACGCUCAGGCGGAAGCUGUCUUCGCUACCGCGGAUCUCCGCCUCAAGUCCCUGGAAGACUUUGCGGAAAGUCAGGUUCUUUGGAGUCGCCUCUUUGGACCACCCUGUCCUCUCUUAAUUGCCUGCGGCAAUGCAACGGUGGAUGUGAUGUGCACCGUGGAAGCGAAUGAGCUCGAGAAACUUGGGCUCUCACCAGGAACCGAAGCCGCCGGACUGUCGGAGGCUCGAAAGCAGGAGCUUGUCGACUUUGCCCAGAGCCAAGAUGCCACGGUCGUGGCUGGCGGAUCGGCGAUGAACACUGUGCGGGUCGCAUCUUGGAGUGGUGGUGACCACAUCCGGGCUGCUUUCAUUGGUGCUGUCGGCAUGGACGAACACGGCAAACUCCUGGAGGAGGCUCUGCACGAGGCUGGCGUUGUCCCGUUGCUGAAGCGCAUCAGUCAGAGCCACACAGGCAUUUGUGGCUGUCUGGUUGAUGCUGGCACGAGGGAUCGCACCCUUUCCGUCAUUCGAGGUGCUUCCGGACUUUUGGACCCUGCUUGGAUUGAGCAACCUGAUGUUAGCUCUCUGAUUCGCGAGGCGAGUGUGGUCUAUAUCACUUCCUUCGUUCUGACCACGCAACCGCGUAUAGCAGCUGUGGAACUGCUUAUAGAAAAUGGGUUGAAGUCUGGAGCCUGCCUGGCUGUGAACCUCUCAUCUGCUGGAUUGAUUUCUAAAGUUCACUCUGUGCUGCAGAGGUUGUUGCCCAGAGCUACUUUUGUUUUUGGAAACCAGUUCGAGCUCCGUGCCUGGGGACGGCAUUUGAGCUGGAGUGGCUCAGACACAGAUAUGGCAGCAGAACUGGCCUCCAUGCUGCGACCUGGAGGCAUGGCCGUGGUAACUGCUGGUGCAAGCCCAACCAUAGUUGCACAGACCGAUGCCGGAGUUCAAGUAUUCCCGGUUCCGCCGAUUCCACCGGAAGACGUCGUGGACACCAAUGGAGCCGGUGAUGCUUUCGUCGGGGGUUUCUUGGCCGCCUUCUUGAUGAACACCAGCAAGGAAGAAUGUGCAAGAUCGCCAUGGUCCACUUGGGUGCAUAGAGGCCACCAAUGUGCGGCGGACAUUCUCAGACAGCAAGGUUGCACCAUUCCGUGCCGAGAAAACGGCAUGGCCUGUACAUGUGUUCGCAGCAGCAGCUUGCUGCUCCAAGCUAAUCUGCCAGCUCCUGAGGCCCACUUCCAGUCAGACACCCUGGUCUUCCACCCGGCAAAGCAGGCCACGCAAGCCGGUGGGCGCAAACUACUGAGGCAGACAACAAUAAUAACCCGCCUGUCAGCAGCAACUCCAGAG